AUGGGUGGACGCCAAUCAGUUCAAACCGAUUUACAUCGUCGACCUCGAUCUAAUUCAGUGGCCGAUACAACAGCAGUGUCAGCUUCAGCUUCAGCUAAUCAUCGUAAUCCGCAUCUGAUCACUGGCAUUGGUAGUAUCAGCAACCUUAGGGGACGGGUUGACAAUGAAAGUACAUCGGAUUCUGAUGAAGAUGCACCAGGAACAAGUGUUGCAUUACACUCUGGGUCUUCGGUUGAUACACGACCAGUAGGAUUCUCUGUUUCACAUUUACGAACACAUAGAGGCUUACGUGAUGCUCCAACACGCCGGUCGAUGCCGGUGCUGCAAUUUUUGAGUCGUUUAUCGCAGGAUAUCAAGUGCCCGAUUUGCAAGAAAACGGUACCAUCCGAUGAAGCUGAAAUUCAUUUAGUUAUGUGUUUAACACGCCCUAAAAUAACAUACAAUGAAGAUGAAUUAAGAGAGGACAAGGGAGAAUGUUCGAUAUGUCUCGAAGAAAUGUCCAGUGGUGAUCGAAUUGCGCGUCUCCCAUGUUUAUGUAUCUAUCAUAAAAGCUGUAUCGAUGAAUGGUUUACACGCAAGAAUUGUUGUCCUGAGCAUCCAGGUUAUGACUAA